GAAUAACAUAAUUUAAUUAUGGCCGGAUUUGGACUGUUGCUUUUAAAUCCCUUCUCUCUCAGUGCUACUGUCGAAAACUACAUCACCCAGAAUUCCUUUCACCGCUCACUUAUCUCAGCGUUGCCCAGCGACGGCGGUGUUCUCUUCAUGUGAAAAGCUAACUUUCCAAGUAGUUGGAGCACGGAUAUUUAGACUCUCAUAUCACACACUUGCCACUUUGACUGUUUAUCAGUCAGCCUUUUAGUCGUUUGUCGCCGACUUCUCACUGUGAAAUAAUGAAGGAAACAACGAGCCAAGAGUUUUCCUCGGCGUCGCCUAGCUGCUGUCCCCCGAGGUUCCACAGUGACGCUUCCGGUGCUCCCAGCUGCGAUGAGCCAGAAGAAAACAGAAAGAUGGAGGUAAAGCAGGUAACUUUGCACAAGAGGUCUGAGGAAGUAAAACAACACAGCAAGAAGGAUGGUGUUUUAACUGCCGAGAUGGUCUCAACGUGUGUUUCCAAACUAGGACACUUCGGUACUGGGUUGCAACACUUCUACCACCACCUUUCUCUGCCUAGACGAAAACUCACUGACAUCUCCGUUUUAUGCAGUUACAUCCAUCUGCAAAAGCUAGAAGUGCCGCACAACAAAAUUAAAGAUUUAUCCUGUGUGAGCCAUAUGCCCUAUCUCGUUAUUCUGGACGCCUCCCACAAUGAAAUCUCCAGCUUCUUUGGAUUUGAGCCAUCCAAGAGUCUAAAGGAAGUCAAUUUGUCCCAUAAUCGUAUGACAAAAAUGAAGGAUUUAUCAGCAUAUUCAUCUCUUCGUAAACUGGAUUUGGGGCACAACAGUUUCCGUGAGAUCAGUGGUCUUGAGCAAUGUUUCCAGCUCAUCCAUCUCAACCUGGCACACAACAAGAUCUUGAAGAUCAGCAGCCUGGACAAUCUGCCUCUGGUGCACCUCUGCCUUAGGGGGAACCAGCUGAAGAGGAUUGAAGGGUUGGAGAAUCUGAAGAGUCUGCAGGUUCUUGACUUGUCUCUGAACAGGAUUAACAGUCUUUCUGGCCUCCAGAAUCUGCACCUCCUGGGCUCCAUCAAUCUGGAGAAAAACCUGAUUAGUGAAAUUCAGGAGUGCAAACACGUUCAUGAUCUUUUCCUGCUGAGGGAUCUCAACCUGCUUGGAAACCCUGUGCAGGAGCAACCCGAUUACAGACUGGCAGUCGUCUUCCUCCUUCAGCAUCUGACUGUGCUGGACCAAGAGAAAGUCACUGCUGAACAAAAGGUAUCGUCAAUAAACAAGUAUGACCCUCCUUUGGAUGUGGUGGCAGCCAGAGAUCACAUAACCCACCUGGUGUAUCAGCUGAUGCAGCCCCAGGUGGUGUAUGACAGCAGCACUUUGCCCAGUGCAGACUCUCCAUAUCCCAUGCUGGUUCUGACUGGUCCUCAAGGCUGUGGCAAGAGAGAGCUGGCCCACAGACUGUGUCAGGAGUUCAGCGAGUACUUUGCCUAUGGCAUCUGUCACACCACGAGGGGGCCCUACUUUGGAGAGGAGAAUGGGAUUGAUUACCAUUUUGUCAGUGAGGAAGAUUUUCAGAACAUGAUCCACAUGGGCAAGUUUAUCCAGACCGUGCAGUAUGGGGGUCACAGGUACGGCCUGACCAGAGACGCCAUAGAGGAUGUAGCCAGAGAAGGGCUCGCCUGCUGUGUCCAUAUGGAGCUUGAGACCGUUUGCCUGUCCUCCCAGGGUGUGUUCAGUCUGAAGAAGAGCUACUUUGAGCCUCGAUACAUCCUGCUCAUUCCUGUCCAGCGAGAGAAGUACGUGAGCCACCUGAAAAGCCGUGGUCUCUAUACCCAAGCGCAGAUCGACGUGGCCGUGUCCCGUGUAGAGCUCUACGCCAAUACCAGCAGGCAGCGACCAGGAUUCUUCGAUAAUGUUAUCCCCUGUGAUGACUGGGAGGAAGCCUUUCAGACACUGAGGCAGGUAGUGAAUGAGUACCUGUUGUUAGAGGAGCAGGAGGAAGGAGAAAAAAACAACAAAGCAUCCCCUGACAACACCUCCACAGAUCAUCAGCUGGAGGAGAAGCCACCUUCGCCCCCGUCGAGGUCGGGAUCGGACACACUCACGUCACACCCUGCCACAGCUCUUGACCCCUCACAUCCGUCUUACAGAAGCUAUGUUACCAAAAUCCAGUCAGACCUCAGCCCUCAGAAGAGCCCUGCUGAGCUGGCUUCCAUCAGGAGGCGCGAGCAGCUGGUGAGAGAGGCUAUAGUGGGGAAGAGUCCAGGGGUCUACAGCCAGGCCUUCAAAAGGUAUGCUCAGGCAGCACCACCGCAAAAUGAUGCUGGUACCCAUUUUAGUGAAGACAGCAGCUCGGAUGAGUCUCGUGGUAGUUCCGCGUUGUCUGUGCCCAGUUCAGCCGGGGCCUUGUCUGGCUUGGUGGAGACGCUCGAUCUCUCUGGCCUGGGACCUGCCUUGGAAUCAUUCAGAGGCCAAAGCCCCGAAGCCCCUUGUCCAGGCACAGAUCAGCUCGCUGCAUCAGCGUCUCCCUCCACUGAAAGACGUCCUGGAUCCAACGUCAAGGCCGUCCUGCCACCAAUCCCCACUGGGCGCAAGACUCCUGCAGCACCCAGCCCGGCUCCUUCGCCCAGACCCAGCCCAAACCCGGCAGUCAGAGUGGGAGAGGGAGGAGAUGCAGACGGGGAGGGAUAGCUCUUAAAGGCUUUAGGGUUUCAUCUAUCCAACUUGUAAAUAUUCAAAGUAAUAGCUUUUGAAGAAUUGUUGUAGCUUUAGUUGAAAAUAAAAUUAAGUCAGUCAAUCAGUAUAUCCAUAAAAGUGCAGAACUUAAAUUAUAAAAAAAAUCUGCACCUGCACAAGUUAACAGUCAACCGCAAAACCACACGUUUGUCUCUGUAAUACCACAAGCUACAGUGGCUGUGAUGUGAUACACAAAAGGCAAACACUUGAGGUUAGGUUUCACUGUCAGUACUUGCCUUUUCUUGUGAUCUGUUACUCAUGCCACACUCACUUGCACUUACUGUAUACUGUAUCCUGUUAACGACCACAAGGGCACUGCACUGCAGUAUAAUUCCGAUCAAAGUUGUGCUUUUUUCCCUCUUUGUAGAAUUUACUGACUUAUGGACCUAAAGGUAUACAGUGUUGACACAUAUUAUGAUUCAGUCCCACACACACUUGGACAUUCCUGUCUUUCAGAUAAAUUCAGUAGUGUGUUGAGGAAAACAGCUCUUCGUCUUUUCACGUUACUGUGUUCAGAUUCAUGUUGGAAAAGUUCGUGUCUACAAAGUACGGGCUUCACGUCAUGUUUUGUGAAUGUCGCAUAAAUUUUCCUGACAGUGAAGUGGCGUUAUAUUUCCUACUGUUCACUAAUCUCAUCAAAUAGAAUUUGCCAUUGACAUCUAGAUACUGAUCUUUUAUGUGCAGCGUGGAGCUCUUGUCACUGGAUGAUAAAUACAUCAUUAAUCUUCAUCUCUUCUGAGGGGAUUAUUUAUUCAACUGGAAACACAUUCAUAUGGAAGUUGUUGACAGGUAUUAAACAGUGAGCCGUCACAAACAAAUUGCUGUGUUUUUU